AUGGAUUCUUCAAAACCACAACAAUUUCACCCUGUGAUUCCUCAUUUACGCACUGGUUCUGGGUCUCGGGAUGGUUCUAAUGCUAGUGCUGAUUUGGAUGGUUCUGUCAGAGCAUCAGAUUCUUCCGCCGGAAACAACCAGCCAGAAUUGUCACCUCACGGUAGCGGUAGUUCAGAAAGCAAGAGAAAGAAGAGCUCGACGGGUGGUGAACUGAAGGAAGAUGAUGAUAUGGAGAUCGCGAAUCAAUCUACGCCCAAGAAACGCUAUGAAUCCGAAUCAUCAAAGGGGAAAGAAAAAGGCGAAAAUACCACUCUCGGUGAAGAAGAGAAUAAGCUCUUGGAGGGCGUUAUUGCCGAAUUAGAACAAGAAUCGAACGUAUCCUAUGCGGACUUGAGCUGGGAAAAGUUAAAAAUGCGAGCAAGACGCUUGGAGAAAGAGAUAAUGGGUGCGUAUGAUACUGAUACAUAUGUAAUGAAGAUAAUGAGUUUGUCUGAAAUUGAUACAGAUGUAGUUCUUGCGAUGAAUCCGUUUGAUGACGAUAGCAUUUGGGGAGAAAAAGACGAUGAAGAUCAUAAUAAUCCGGCAGAAGAAAUAACAGUCGAUGGUGAAAGUGAUACGAAAGGUACUGAUCAAGAUUCUGGUGAUGAUCAAGGAGAUACGAAAGGUUCAAAAGAUUUGAAGGAUUUAACUGAACAAGAAUUCGAUGGUGAAAGUGAUACGAAAGAUUCAUCUGAUGUAGAAACCAAAGAUGAAAGUGAUGCAGAAGAUUCAAUAUCCUCGUCAUCAGAAAUCUGUGAUGUAAGUGAUACGAAAGAUCCAUCAGAUUCGUCAUCGGAAGAUUCAUCGUCAACAGGUUCAAAGGGUUCGUCUGAAACAGAAACCGAUGAUGAUCAUAAUCAUAAGAAAGAUUCAUCGACAUUUUGGCUGGAACGAAAACUGAUGAAGAUCAUAAGGGCAUUGAUGAUAUCCAUUGGGAAGAUUCUAUAUGGUAAUUAG